AUUCCUCAAAUCAUAGUAAACAUGGCACCAUCAAUGAAACCAACGAAAAGGUACGUAAUAUUGUAACCCUAAUCACGUACGUAAUUUAUUCCUUUUUUUUUUUGUUUUUGUUUUUCUAUCAAAUUUAAUAAAUGCUCAUUACAUUUUCCUCCAUUAUUUUCCAAAUGCAUUUUUUAGGGUACGAAUGGCAAAAGAUUGGACAAAGAGCCUCUAACCAUAAGUGAACCUAUUAGCACGUUAGGGUUUGAUAAGGGGAAGAGCAUGGUGGAGGAUAAUAGUCAAGGUUUCUUUUCACUAAGGCCAAACAAGUCAAGGAGUACGAGUUGUACUCCUACUAGAAGAAGAUGUAAGACACCAACUCCAACAACAUCAUCAUCAUCAUCAUCAUCAUCAUCCUCGUCCAGCAGAAUUAGCAAUGAAAGGAGAAGGAGCAAAACACCAAACUUGACUAGGACUACCAGCAAAAUUAGGAGUAACUCUGAGGAUUUGGAUCGCCAAUUCUCCAACUUUGUGUUGAAGAACAGGAGCAGAAGAUGCACCUCCGAAACCCACAUCAACAUGGCUGCUGCUGCUGCUUCUAGUUCUACCGGCUUAUCGAGAGAUACGAGCAAGAGGAGCACCACUCCCAUCGUCUUCUCUCAGUCGCCGGAGAGGAAGAAACCUCCGCCCGUCGAGAGGAAGCUCGAAUGCACGCUUGAGGAGUUGCUUGAUGGCUGCCUGAAGAAGAUCGUCAUUACAAGAAAUGUCAUUGCAGAAACCGGGAUAAUAGUCCAAGAAGAAGAGACAUUAUGGAUAAAUGUGAAGGCCGGAUGGAAAAAAGGGACAAAGAUCAGAUUCGAAGGAAAGGGAGAUGAGAAACCAGGGUUUCUUCCAGCUGAUAUAAUCUUGUGUAUUGAGGAAAGAAGGCACCCUUUAUAUGAAAGGGAAGGUGAUGAUUUGGAAAUAGUGGUUGAGAUCCCUCUGGUGAAUGCACUCACUGGUUGUUCAAUCCCAGUCCCUCUAUUGGGAGGAGAUAAAAUGACCCUUUCCUUUGAUGAUAUCAUAUACCAUGGCUAUGAAAAAGUUAUUAGAGGACAAGGCAUGCCUAACAACCCUAAACAACAUGCCAGCAGAGGCGAUCUUCGGAUUAAAUUUCUCGUCGACUUUCCGGUGGAGCUCAGCAAUGAACAGCGAGCAGAAGCUGCUGCCAUUUUAUUGCAAGACAGUUCUUGA